AUGUCAAAGGAAGUGGGUAGUGAUGGUAUUGUUAAGCCAGAAAAUGUCAAAGGUCAUAUAGUUUCUAAAUUUAUAACUAGAUUGGCAGGUCAACCACAGUCUUAUAUUAAUAGAUCAAAUUAUGAAUUUGAAAAGACUCUUGGUGCAGGAACGUUUGGGGUUGUUAGAAAGGCUAAAAAAUUGUCUACAAAUGAAGAUGUAGCUGUGAAAGUCAUCUUGAAAAAGGCUUUAAAAGAGAAAGGCGUUGAAGUACAAACAUUAUAUGAUGAAUUAUCCAUGUUGAAUCAGUUGGAUCAUCCAAAUAUUGUUAAAUUUAAAGGGUGGUUUGAAUCUAAGGAUAAAUUUUACAUAGUUACUCAAUUGGCUACUGGUGGUGAAUUAUUCGAUCGAAUUUUGAAAAGGGGGAAAUUUACAGAAUUUGAUGCAAUUAAGAUUGUGGUGCAAAUAUUGAAAGCUGUUGAAUAUAUGCAUUCAAAGAACAUUGUCCAUAGAGACUUAAAACCAGAAAAUGUACUAUAUAUUGAUGAAUCUCCAGAUUCAUCAGUAGUUAUUGCAGAUUUGGGUAUUGCCAAAAAAUUAGAAGACAACGAUGAGUUGAUAUACAAUGCAGCGGGUUCAUUAGGUUAUGUUGCACCAGAAGUGUUAACAGAUAGAGGACACGGCAAGCCUUGUGAUAUUUGGUCCUUAGGUGUCAUCACAUAUACAUUAUUGUGUGGUUAUUCACCAUUUCUUGCAGAGAAUGUUGAAGGAUUUCUAGAAGAGUGUACAAACCACAAGUAUCCAGUUACGUUUCAUUCUCCAUAUUGGGAUGAUAUUUCUCCAGAAGCUAAAAAUUUCAUCUUAAGAACUUUAUCAUUAGAUCCAAAAGAGAGGCCUACUGCUUCAGAGUUAUUACAAGAUAAAUGGAUAACCAGUAAAGGUAUUGAUUAUAAGGAUACUAAUAUCUUACCAAAUGUUAGAAAAGGUUUCUCCUUACGUGGUAAGCUUCGUGAUGCUAUUGAAUUAGUUAUGAUUAACAACAGAAUUAGAAGAUUGAAAAAUCUAUAUCUUUCAAACGACGAAGAAAAUGGAACAGAUCUUGACAUUGAAGAAUUUCCGUUGGCAUCUAUUGAAUCUAUAACACAAUCAUUAAGAGAAUUAUCGGCUCAAACACAAAAUAAGAUGGUGAAAUUGACGCAAGACCAACAAAGAAUCAAAUCUUGUUUGACACAGGAUGCAUUUGCAUUAAUUGUUAAAGCAGCGGCUAAGAAUAAAGAUAUAUUAAAGGGUAAUUCAAAAAAGACUGAAAAUACAUGA